GGCUGGUCCACACAGUCCACAUGGUUGGUUCUCUGGAUCUCGCGCGCUCAGAGGUUGUUCAUGUUGACGUUGUUGCUGUUGAGGAGAUGAGUUCUGCUGCAAAGACCGUGUCUUUUUCCCCUCUCAGACGAGGUCAAAUAAGUCUCAAGAAUACACUGGACACUCCUUUCAAGCUCAAAUGGCCAGACGUAUCUCCCAAACUUGCAUCACAAAUUCUACUGGCAUUGGAAAAAUCUCUUUCGGAAAUGAAAGGGUGCUUUGCAAGAAGGCAGUUGCCAAAGAGAAAGCGUAAAAGAAGGAGCAAGAAAGAGAAAACAGCAGCUGUGAAGAGUGACUGUGAACCAUUAGAACCUCCAAGAAAGAAGCAAUGCGUUCAACCCGGAGCAAAAACUCCUCCUGAAUCGCUAUCAAGUAUAGAAGCAGAGGACAGUUCAAAAUCCUUAACUUUGUCCAAUAGACAUAAUUUUAUUGAUGAACAGUCCAUUUUCUCAAAGAAGUCCCAGUUGGUGAUAGGGGUGAACCAUGUGACCAGGUGCCUGGAGAGAGGGGAGCUGUGUGCUGGUUGUGUGUGCCUCUCUGCCAAACCAUCUCUAGUGACAAGACACAUCAUGAUGCUGGCAGCUACUCGCUCUGUGCCAUUCGUUGCUUUGCCUCAUCUCGGGCAGAAAGUUGUAGAGACACUGGGGGACAUCAAAUCAGCACUUGCUAUAGGAUUCAAGAAAAGUGCUACCAGUGAAUUCAAUAGUUUGACUCAGACUAUCUCAAAGCUUGCCCCACCCAUUGUUCUGCCAUGGCUAUCAGCAAUCAACAAUACCGAAUCACAUACUGAACCAAAGGAGACGACCAUUCUACCCAGUAGUGAUCUGACCACUAACAAACAAGAGUUAACUACACCAGUUGCUACUACUGGAGUGGAGGCUAUUCAAAGUGGACCUGGACCAUGCUCUCUGUACACACCAGUCAAGAUAAAGAAGACUAUCACAAGACCCAAGAAAAGAAAGAAAUGAACAUUUAAUGGUAGACAUUUAUAGAAUCAUUGAUAACAAAUUCAAAAGUAAUUUUUGUGCAGCAACGAUCACACUUUCUACAUAUUAAAUAAAAAGUAUAAAGAUAUAUAUAAUUA